UGGACGAACAAUAGCUUUACACAACAACGCCGAUAUCAGGACAGGUAUUGUUAUGAUAAGAAUGUGUCCAGUCAGUUGUCCUGUCACUAUCACUAUUACUGCAAGUUUUCGACCAGUGACAGUGACAUUGACUUAGUGACCACAGAUACUGCGACGAUAUGCAAUACUUCGACCUCCUCUGUCAACCAACAUCAACAUACCCUGCCGGCGUCGCCUUCAUAUGCUCUGUUCUGUCGACUGUCAAACCCCCCACAGGCGACAAUGUCAACUGGGAACGUAUUAUGUCCAGGCCGCCCUACCCGAUCGCCUCUCUGGAUCUGAAUCACAUCGGCAGCUUCACCAGUCACGCCCACGACUUCCAGAGUCCGGACAAUAUCAUCAUGGUGCGGUCCACGGACGAGCGCACCCUCAGGCAGGCAAACGGCACAGAGCCUCCAAAACUGAAGACUGUGACAGUGUCGACGGUGGAGACAUACAACCGUAACCAGAACACGGUGCGCAAGCUCACAACCAAGAGUGUGGAUGGAGUUAUUGAGUCUAAGGAAACCAUUGUUACCGACAUCACCAGAGCACCACUCCUUGGCUCUCAAGUGAAUCUCCGAACAGAAAAGUUGAAGUCGCCAUCUAAUAUUUCAACUCCUCUGAAAACUCAGUCAUUACCAAGGCAGUCCAGCAAUGCCUCAAUUAAGAGCACACCGCGGACACCACAGAAAACAAAGGACAUCAACAAGGAGGAGUUUGCCAAACAAUGUCUGGAGAGACACAAUGAAUACCGGGCCAAGCACAAAGUGCAGUCUCUUAAACUAAACACUGAGCUGAGUGCCUUUGCACAAGACUGGGCUGACCACUUGGCUAGUACCCAGAAGAUGGUACAUCGGCCCAAUAACAAGUAUGGGGAGAACCUGUGGAUGAUGAUGACCACAGACCGAAGCUACAAAGUAAAUGGGGGAGAUGCUGUCGAUAGUUGGUACCAAGAGCUUGACAAGUACAAGUUUGGCACAGAGCCAAAAAAUUUGGAUGCGGGUCAUCUGACCCAGGUGCUGUGGGCCACAAGUGAGUAUCUAGGAGUGGGGGUAGCCAAGAGUGGUGACUACACAUUCGUCGUUUGUAACUACAACCCUCCUGGCAACUACAAGGGCGAGUACGCAGAAAAUGUCCCUCCCAUCGGUGGGUGGAAGGACAAACCCACACCUUCCAAGAGGCCGGGAGGUUUUUCUUCUUCCAAUGAGACAUCGGAGACUUUCACCAAGGAGACAUUGAGGAUACAUAAUGAGUAUCGAGCCAAGCACGGAGUACCUGCUCUUUCAAUUGACCCGGAGAUCAGCAAGUUCGCACAAGCGUGGGCUGACCAUCUGGCAGAGAAGAACCAGUUCGCUCACCGAACCAACAGUCCAUAUGGAGAGAACAUCUUCUGGAGCUCUGCCAGCGCCAGUGCCAAGGUUAUGUGUGACAGCUGGUAUGGAGAGGAGGCUGGUUACAACUAUGACGUUGACCCUUUCAAAAGUGGUGGAGGUGGGCUGAGGAGUGGUCACUUCACGCAGAUGGUGUGGAAGCAGUCCAAGACUCUCGGGAUAGGGCGAGCCUUUACCAAGUCUGGAGCGAUGAUUGCCGUCGCCAACUACUCUCCACGGGGCAACAUCAUCGGCCAGUUCACAGUUAACGUCCUGCCUCCAGGCAAAAGGCGUUGAUCCAUUCCAAGGUGUCAAACCAAAUACAACGUAUUACCAAAGAAAGAAACUUUCCAUUGCUACUUCUAUUAGUGCUAGUUUUUAUUUUACUAGUUUUAGCUGCUGUACAGCUGUAUCUUCCAGUAUUAUAAUUUAUAUUGUUUGUUGUUUGUAUAAAACAUAAUGUUUUGAAAAGGUUAUACACUGUUAGAACUGCACUUUUUCUUAAGCACUUUUAUCUACAGUUUUUUCAUUCAUUAGGUAUCAAAUGGAGAGUUUAAAAAUACUUCCAGUACCUAACUUUUAUAUUGCUGUUGUGUGUGUAUUGUUAAUGAUGGAUACGUGCUAGGAUAUGAGUGUUUUUACUGAUAAUGAUGAAUUUGAUACAAAUCACAACAUUCUGUGGUUUGUAAAAUGCUUUAUACUAUAUAGUAUAGGAUUUACACUACAUCCAGAUAAAAGUGGACACUGUUGGUAAGAAGUCUUCUUUGUCUGCACAUGCACUCACUUUGCCACCAGCGUCAACUUCUAUCUGGAAACCUAUAAAUCACAUAAAAUUGGAAUGAAACCAUAUUUUUGUUAUUUUUCUACAUUAUUUUGGCAUGGUUGUCUUAUUAACGCGUUAGCUACUGUAUAUAAGUAUUGUUACAAAUAGCCUAUGAAUCUAUUUCAUAUGUAAGUGAAUACACUUUUGUAGAUCAGUAUGGCUUUUAGAACCAGUUAAAGAAACUAGGGUAGUCUUUUUUUGUAACCUAAUAGAAAAACAAAUUAUGCACAUUAGAAUUAUAAAAUUUAAAAUUAUUUCCCAACUGUAGUCUUUUUUAUUAUUUUGAGUUAAUUUUCAUACUGAGUAUUGAUUAUUAUUGAGUAUUAAGGCUCAUAUUUACAAUUUUCCAGAAUGUAAUACAGUAUUUUGUUACACUGUAAGUUUGUUUUAAGAAUUUCCCUAACCCAAUUAUAAACAGCAUUAACAUAAGUGAUAAAUGAUAACUUUGAAAACUUGUUACCUGUUACUUUCUGUGACUACUGUUAUAACACCUUAGGGUGUCUGCAAGAUAUUGCAAGUGACCCUAAGAAAGAAAAGCUUGUAAUGAAUUAAAUGAAUAGUUAAAUAAAAGGUGCUUCGGUCCUAGUAUUCUGUUUAUGGUGAAUUUCCUGUAUGAAAUAGAUAGACAAUCUAAAUAAAUGUACAGGUGACCUUUAAUAUAGUUUUAAACUUUUGAACCUUAAAAAUAGUUUAAUUUAAAUUAGUGGCCAAUUUAUUUUUGUAUAAACCUUUGAUUACAAAUUCAAAUUAUGACAAUAGUCAUUGUGUCUUUUUGAACACCAAAAAGUUAAUUUUGCUGUAUAGUAAAUACAAAAAAUUGUCAUUAGAAAGAAUAUAAUUGACCAUCUAAAACACUUUUUAAUUUCUUCUACUGUCUUUGUACUGGACUUAGUUGGAAACAAUUUAUUAAAAACAUUCCAGUUUAAUUUAAAUCUUUAUUUUAUUGUGCUUGGACUAUUAAAUCACCACAAGAGAUUCUCCUUUUCUCUCAACAUUGAUUACCUCUAAUUUGUUAAGAAGUUGUUAAGUUUGUGAUUUAAAUAUGUCAAAGGGUAUUUGGUGAAAAGUACAUAUCAUAUAAAAAUUCAAAGCAAUUUACCCAAUGCUUUGGCUGUUGAUGUGUGUUACACUUCAAUAAGACUAGUACCUUCCAUUGUACCUUUGAUGUACUAUACUAUGCUCAAUUAAUUUAUCUGUUGUUUAUUUUUCAUCAUUUGUGAUUCCAUUAUAGCAAUUAAAGUACCUUUGUCCAUUCAGGUUAUUGUUGGCGAUGUUAAACUAAGUAAGUUUGUGUGUUAUACAAUAAUUUAAGAUUUGUUAUCAAUUUAAUCUUUAAACAGGAGAGAAUAAUUGUGUAUGUUUUGUGAUUUUAUACAUUUUUUACCCAUCCAAAAUACAUUUUUUGUAAUAUUUUUUUUAACUUGUGUAAUAUUUGUAUUUUUACUGCAAUAUUACAACUUGAGACAUAAACUUGAUUUAUACAAUAGAGACCUGGAAGCCUAGAGUUAAUGAUUUUCUUCAUUAAUUGCAUUUUUAUAAUAAUCUAUUCUUAAACGUACAAAAUCUACUGUUACCUUCUAGAAGCUACUUUUAUUAAUGAUACCAUUUUAUUGAAUUUGAUAACAACCUUUAAAAGUUGGUUGAACCCCUUUUUUUCAAUCAUAUUUUUGUUUAUAUUAAAGUAAUGCAAUAACAAUCUUUAUAAACAACUCCGCAUUUCUCAAAGUAGACCAUAUAAUAAUAACUAACUUUUGGCAAAAUUGAAAUUUAUGUAUACGUUAAUGUUUACUGGCAAAGUUUCUUUGAAAAUAAUUGAAGUUAGUUCAUAGUGUAAUGUAUUAGAACCACAUUGAAUACUGAUUUUUUUUCAGUUCCACACAUUACACUGUUAAGUAAAUUUAACAAGAAGAAAAUUGGUGAGUGAGUGGUUGAUGGUGUCAAAUAGUCACUUUACAUUACAUUUAAUUAAAAAUGUGGUGCUUGCAAAUUACAAUAAAAAUGAACUAUGAUAUGUAGAGAUUUGUUAGGUGGUUCUAUAUAAAAUCAAGGAAGACAUUUUUAACUUUAAACAGGUUUCUGUACAACUUUACUAUUACUAAUAAAGACCAAAGGUGCUACUCGUAUUUAUGAUUGUAUUUAAUUCUAAAUAUUUCAUUAAUAUUUUAAAAAUUACCUUGUUUUUUCUUAUACUUAUGAUUAGUUUGUCGAGAUAAAUAUCUGAAUGCCGUGAUAAACUGGCUAAUAUUACGCAUGUGUUGUUAUAUUAUGUAUAAAAACUAUCUGUGACACAGAACCGUGUUUCUCUAACUACUUCUGUUGUUCUUGCUAACCCUCCCAUAGACAAACUAUCAGUUAACAUUUUUCAGUUAAUACCACAUCCUAGUCACGAUAUUUGCACAUGCAGAGUAUUUGAUAACAUUAACAUUACUGUCAAUCUGUUUACAAUUUCACUGAACAAGUCUUUACGUUUUGUUGUUGUUUUAUAUUAUUUAUUUUCUCACAUUUUUGUGUAUAUAAAUCAUAGUUAAAGCUUCCACUACAGCUUGUCAUGUAUUAAAAAAAAAAACACCCUCUCUCCGUACAGAGGUUUGGUAAUACGAUCUUUUGUACAAUUGAUUAUUCGCCGAAAGUUGAGUAAGGAGGAAAAUGCCGUUCUGUUAAUUGCCCUUUAUACAUUAAUAGUUUUUUACAGCAACUUCAUAGUUUGAGUUGCAGUCUUGUAUUCUAUUUGUGCCAAUUUGUUACACUUUUUUAAACAUUUAAAUUUGUUGGAGGAUGUUUUGUCUGAGCUAUUUUUGUAACAGUUUUUAAUGUAAAAUAUACUUUAACAAAUCUGUUUUACUGUAUAAUCUUUACCUAGCCAAGCCGUUAUUGUGAACACCAAUGGUUUAUAUAUAUAUUGCAAAAGAAUAUUCUAAGAUACCAAAGCAAAGCAGUUCCGAUAAAACUUGCUAUUUCAAGAUCUCAUUCCAGGGUUGCCACAAGACUAAAAGUUUAGAAAAUGUUUGUACAAUUUUAUAAUUUUUAUAUUGUUUUGUUACAGCUUUGAAAAUUUGUAGUUGAAACUGAAGAAGUUACUCAGAAUAUUGACGAUAUUGUAUAUAUCUGAAAAUUUAAACUCACUAACAAUACUUGUAGCAGCCCUGUUGCUCCUUAUUUUACUGCUACAUUCCCACAGGUACCCAUAAGGUGAGGUUAGUAGCUGUGAGAUUAGUAGCUGUGAGACAAAGCACAAAGGCCUAGACUAAGGCUUCCAUUGUUUGUUAAUGGAAUGUGAGACAUUAUUUUUGUAGUUUUGUACUUUGCUCCCGUCCGAGCCCCAAGUGCUUGUACUUGUACUGUAUUGGUACUGUAUACGAUGAUGUGCUAGCAAUAAUAGUUGACUUCCUAGAGCCACUUCAGUUACUACUAUAGACUACAACCUUAGCACUUAAUCUCUUGUUGUAAUAAAUAAACAAUUUCUACUGUUCAAAA